AUGUUGGGAGGGAGGUUGCAAGGCCUUUCGGCCGUCGCCGCUCGUCCAGAAACAACAUAUGCACCGUACUGCAAGGGUAAUCACACCAGCCGUGGUAGCGACAGCAGCCGCGAGUCAUUGCUUGCCUCUCAGAAGAGUGUCACAGAUGGACGCAGAGAAAGCAGGAGCUGCCCCGACAGGCUGCCAGCCCUCCCUUCAGCAAAUCAUCGCGCCCGGAAGGAUGGGGCUCACCGUCAAAUCGACGAGGUCCGCACGCUGCAUCAUCAGCCAUUGGACCCCAGUGAACCUCGCAGCGGGUUUGAGAAGCUACGCAAGAAGCAGGCAGAGCGGCGAGAGCGCGACGCCCGAGCCAUCGAGACGUUCGAGGCCGGGGUGAGCGCCAUCUCUGAGGACAUGGAGCAGAGAGUGUUGGAGGCGAGCUACGCUCUCCGCGACGGCCUGGAGGAGGCCGAGGAAGCCGUUGCCACCAUCCUGGCAGAGCUGGGCGUGGACGAUCAACUCGUUCAAGGAGACAUGGCGUACGUCGAGGAGAUGUGGUCUAAGCUGGAGGCGCAGUGCGACCGUCGGUCUAGUCGCAUCCAGGAAUUUCGGAAGGGGUUGGAGCGCGUCGAAAUUCUCCGAUCAGAGGCUGUCGGGGGCGAGCUACGUCGUUUGGUGGAUGACAUGAUCGCUAUCGCGUUCAGGAUGCCGGACGAAAUAGAGCGAAUCGCGGAGGAACACGCUCACGAGCUCAACGGGGUGCUUAUCAGCAACCGCCUCGCUCAUGCCGAGCUCCUGGGAACGAUGGAGAAACGAGAUUUUGCCUUCACGGUGGGAAUUCGGAGGGAGGAUUGGCGACGAUUGCGACACGACCGCGCGUUGGUACAAUUCCACACAGACCUGACGGCGCCGAACUUCACCAACCCUUCGGAGCGCGUGGUGCUGUUCAGGGAAUUCAAGAAAGGGCAGGUGUUGCGACACGCAGAGCGAGUGGCCUUGCUGAGGGAUCUCUGUCGACGGCGGCCCGUCGAUUCAUCGGCCCCUGGGGCAGUCGCGGACGAUGCAUCAGAGGUGGGGGGAAGUGUGGAUACGUUUUUUCACUACGACAAAUGGUGUGCGUGCCUAGUCAGGGCGGAGUUACACGGCUACGGAGCAGCGUGCACGGAGCCGGACCUCGAGGCCUGCUGCGUGCAGGUGGAGGCCGUGGCGCACGACCGCGGCCUGGAAGACUUCAUGAGGAAGGCCGGCGGGCUCAAGCACGAGCUGCUGGCUUUGGUUCAGGGCAUGCGAAGCCCUGAAAUCAUGUACGACAGCUGGGUGUCAGUGGCUAUCGAGAGGACCGACCUGGUGCUCUGCGGAGUGGAUCUUGAGCGGGUUCUCGACAAACAGGGCAAGGCGGGCAUGCGUCGGGGUCUGGCGGACUCGGUCGAGCGACUGCGCAAGGCGCCCAAGAGCGGCAUACCAUCCAUCCUCGACGCCAUGCGUCGCCAAGCGGCAGAUCUCUCGCAGGUGGUGGAUAUCGACCCCAUGCUUGCCGCCUGUCUUGACCACGCGACGGAAGACAUCGACCGCGUGGUGGACACGAUCGAGAGGAGGGGAGACAGCGACAGCGGUGGGCGUGGCGGGGGAGCGGCCUCGGUCGGGAGUCAGGUUUCCAAGAGGAGCGGCAUGGGGUCAAGCCGAGGAAAGGGACCAGGCCGCUUGACAACCUCGAGGGGCGGCGGUUGGGAGUCAGAAAUCGAGAUCGACAUGCUCCAGCGCCGACUCGGCAUGCUGGCAUGCGCGAGUGACCUGAGCGAGGAGUUCAAGGAGGUGCUGCGGAGCACUCGAGCCGCGCUAGAGCAGAAGCGAUCGUGCAACAAAGCCGUAGAUCUUGUAGUGUCGGAGGAGUCAAACCACAUUUGCAACGUCACAAUCGAACACCAGGCUGACGGCGAGCUCGCAGCAAGGUUCUCGGAACAGUCGCUGCUGAUGGAACGUGCCUUGCGCUCCAUGGACGCGAGGGCCCAAAGCCUCCACACCUGCGCCGAGCGUGUCUGUUCUUUCUUCGCGGCCGUGGCCUUGGAAGUAGAGACGCACGAAGAAAUCGAGGCCAAUAUCGACGAGUCCGGGGAGCAGCGGGUGCGGUCGUGA